GGAUGAGAGAGAACGUGAUCGAAGUUAUCCUCAUGGCCUCGUGCAUGAUGCGGUGCACCGUUCCGGCUGCAGUAUGAAUUCUCGACGGGGUUCCAAGAAAUAUUAUCAGGACGACCUCCUGGAUGUCGACUCUCCAAGGAGCCCCUGCCGAUACGACUAUGGGGACUCCCCGGACAUCCUUACCCACGAUGAGCUCCUCUCGCUUCAGGGUGUCAUGGAGGAACGUAAUCAGGACGUCGGACAACGCAUCUUAGCUCUUUCUGAGAGAGUAGCUGAAGUGGAAACAUACAUUAAUGACUUGGUCACUCAGCAAAGAAAUCUCAAGAAUGAGAUACUCACCCUUCAGGACGAAAACCUGCACUUGCAGCUUGCACUCAACAGGGAACGUAGGAAGGUUCGUCGGGCCUGGACCCAGCUCGAACAUGUCUCCUUGCCUUCAAGACAAAAGCAGCAGUCCUUCCUCUCCUUCGUCCUUCCUUGGAAUCUCAACUCAACUAACGAGAACGACCUCUUCGAUUUCGCGGACCUGGAGGGCUACGGAGACUCGUGUAGCGCUUCGUACACGCACUGGAGCCCUGCUGACAUGGACACCGCGUACGGGCCAAGCCCACAAAAAGCAGAGCUGCCGGACACCAUCGUAUGGGCACCACCAUCUCCAUCACUACCACCACCACCACCGUCGCCACGCGGAUUCAGCCACUGACUUCUCGUCGUCGUCCUCGUCACAAAGCCGGUCGCGCAGUUCCGCCGGUGGCGUCUCGGGAAGUGAUGCGGAGAUGUUGUCCUACGAACCUGUAGCGUUGGACUAAACAGCCUUGCGGCUCUAGUUCAGAAAACAGCAUUAAAGUGUCCAUACUAAAGUG